AUGAGGUGCAAUUUGUAUACAGUGCAGAGACUGGCCCUCAAAAGCAUUGGUUCAGUCCCUAUGAUUUCCAUGGGCGUGCCCAUUACACCAGGUCUCGGGCCCCCUGGUAGACAAUAAAGCCAUCUUGCUUCAGGUAUCAACCAGACUCUUCUCUCCACAGCAAACAUCCUAACAGUGAUCAUCCUCUCGCAGCUGGUGGCCAGGAGGCAGAAGUCCUCCUACAACUACCUCUUGGCACUUGCUGCUGCUGACAUCUUGGUCCUUUUUUUCAUUGUGUUCGUGGACUUCCUGUUGGAAGAUUUCAUCCUGAACACGCAGAUGCCUCAGGUGCCGGACAAGAUCAUCGAAGUGCUGGAAUUCUCAUCCAUCCACACUUCCAUUUGGAUUACUGUUCCAUUAACCAUUGACCGGUACAUCGCAGUCUGCCACCCGCUCAAGUACCACACGGUCUCCUACCCUGCCCGCACCCGGAAAGUCAUUGUCAGUGUUUACAUCACCUGCUUCCUGACCAGCAUCCCCUACUACUGGUGGCCCAACAUCUGGACCGAAGACUACAUCAGCACCUCCGUGCAUCAUGUCCUUAUCUGGAUUCACUGCUUCACUGUGUACUUGGUGCCCUGUUCCAUCUUCUUCAUCUUGAACUCGAUCAUCGUGUACAAGCUCAGGCGGAAAAGCAAUUUUCGCCUCCGUGGCUACUCCACAGGGAAAACCACCGCCAUCUUGUUUACCAUUACCUCCAUCUUUGCUACACUCUGGGCCCCGCGCAUCAUCAUGAUUCUCUACCACCUCUAUGGGGCGCCCAUCCAGAACCGCUGGCUGGUGCACAUUAUGUCCGACGUUGCCAACAUGCUGGCCCUUCUGAACACGGCCAUCAACUUCUUCCUCUAUUGCUUCAUCAGCAAGCGAUUCCGUACCAUGGCGGCCGCCACUCUCAAGGCCUUCUUCAAGUGCCAGAAGCAACCUGUGCAGUUCUACACCAACCAUAACUUUUCCAUAACAAGUAGCCCCUGGAUCUCACCAGCCAACUCACACUGUAUCAAGAUGCUGGUGUACCAGUAUGACAAAAAUGGAAAACCUAUAAAAGUGUCCCCAUGACCCCAUAGGUUUGGCACCUCGUGCCUCUGUGUAAUCCAUUUCCAGAUGGGAAUGUGGCCCAUCCCAUGGCUGAACAGCUCUCCUUGAAGAGUGCUAACCUGAUUUCCUGUCUCUGCAUACUGAGUAACCCUCAGACUGGUGGAUGAGAGAAGAUGGAAGAGAAGAAAGAAAAGCAUGAAUCUUGUUGUCAUUUCUGCAUUUAUUUUCACCAAAACACAUUGACAGCAAAAGUUCCGACCAGUCUGAAGAUGCCAUUGGAGGUUGUGUCAUUAUCCUGUGGCCUGUAAGGACACAUGGUAGAGAAAUAGUGUAUGACUUAGCCUAGGCACCAUCCACAGUCACUGGGAACUGCUCAUUUAUGUGACACACCAAGCCACAGUAGCACGUAGCUGAGCCCACACUCUUCUUCCAAGAGCUAAGCUCAUCCAUCGUUUCCCUGUGCCAUUCCCAGCAGCUAACAAUGCUGACCAAUUAGGGAAUUUUCCAA